ACAAAUUUGGACUUUUAAAACAAAUAUGGAAUGGCGCCAACGUUUGCUCCAAAAGUAAGAAAGAGCAAAAGCAACAGCCACGUCACGCGUCUGUAGAGACGACUUCACCAGAAGUCAGCUGGAUAUUCGCAAGAGAUCUUCACUAAAUGACGUUAAACCCAUCCUCCGCUCAAAGUGCAUUGUUCUUAGGGCACAUAGGAACUCUUCAACUUCCUAAUAAGUGGCAAAUAAAUUUGAAAUGGGGUGUAAAAGAAGACGAUAGAAAGAUAGUGGGUUUGUUUUCACACGGGCGCCGCCAUGUUUUCGCGCUGCCCGAUGGGAAAUCUCUUGCAUUGUGGGUAGAAAUUGUGAUGGCGGCGAUGGAGAGGAAGGGGAGGGCCAUCUGACACAGUGGACUGGACAAGUAGAAGCAGAUGCCAGUCACCUUGCACCAAGACGAACUCGAACUUGAAGAUCACCCUUUUAAGUAUGUAUGCAGCAUCACCACUGGACUGGUACUGCAUACUGACAGCCGAGAGUGACAUAGUUCUGUUGACCUGAUUUGUGCAGUCAUUAUUUGUGAAACUAUUGAAAGUUUAGAUGUUGAUACAGAAUCAACACAGUCAAAACUUAAAGAGAAAGACUAAACAACUCCCAACCUUGGAAAACUGGACAUGACUGAAGAGACAGUGGCAGCCUUAGGUAGACAACAGCUGUAAUAAAAGUGAAGUAUUUCUAUUGUGAAGUGGAACGAUGGAUUUUGCCACAGCCAGUAGUGUGGUGCUGGAAACCCUGACCAAGGCCACCAGCCAAGACCAGACCAUCCUGAAGCCUGCAGAACAACAACUCAAGCAGUGGGAGACUCAGCCUGGUUUCUACUCCAUUCUUGUGACGAUAUUCUCCAACCAUGCCAUCUCCCUGAAUGUUCGCUGGCUGGCUGUGCUGUACUUCAAGAAUGGAGUGGAUCGUUACUGGAGAAGAACUGCUCCUAACAUGAUGAUUAAGGAGAGUCCAGGGCUGAUUAGAAGGAGGGCUGUCACCAUUAGUGAGAUAUAGUAAGUUCACAUUCCUUGA